CAAUCAGCCAGCCUCACGUCAUCCCAGGGGCAGUGGGGUGGGGGAAAUGUCGCAACACGUGACGGGGAAACUGAGGAUGCAGACGUACACGAUGUCGCUCGUGCUACCACGACUACGCCCCUAUCACGCGCGCAAAGCCUGCCCCUCACCACUUGCAUAGGCAAGAGUAGGGCGGUGGUGUUCCCGGGCCUGCGCCAAGUCCACGGCUCCCCGGCCCCGCCCUAGACCUACAUCCGGGAGACUGCUGCAACUUGAGUAGUCGCCCUGGACUGUGGCAAAGGACGAGCCGAGGGCUUAGCCUCGUAGAAGUGAAAGCCCCAGGUCUCCGUGGACGAAGGAAACGCCAGCUGAAGAUGAGCAAGCGAGGCUCCUGAAAGCAGUGCACUAGACCGGCCGUGGCUCCACCCUCAGCUCCGCCCCUUAGCUCCCAUUGGCCACGAGUCCGCCAAGCAGCCCCAAGAUUGGCCAGACGGGCUGCCGGCUGGGUCCAAUGGGCGGCGGCGCCGGCUUUCCCGCGGCCAUUCGCUCUUCGAGUGGGUGCUGGCGACAGGCGGCUGUUGAGGGCUUAACGGACGCUGGUCUCUGCCAGGAUGAUGGCGGCCCUAGCGGCCGGAGGCUACGCGCGGAGUGACACGGUAGAGAAGCUGCCCUCUGUUAUGGCGGGAGUUCCGGCGCGGAGAAACCAGUCCUCCCCGCCUCCUGCCCCACCGCUCUGCCUCCGGCGCCGGACACGACUCGCGGCGGCUCCUGAGGACACUGUGCAGAACCGGGUGACGCUUGAGAAGGUGCUUGGCAUCACAGCUCAGAACAGCAGUGGGCUAACCUGUGACCCUGGCACAGGCCAUGUAGCCUACCUGGCAGGCUGUGUGGUGGUGAUCUUGAACCCCAAAGAGAACAAGCAGCAGCAUAUCUUCAACACGAUCAGGAAGUCCCUGAGUGCUCUGGCCUUCUCCCCAGAUGGGAAAUACAUAGUGACAGGAGAGAACGGGCACAGGCCAGCCGUGCGCAUCUGGGAUGUGGAGGAAAAAACUCAGGUGACGGAGAUGCUGGGCCACAAGUAUGGUGUGGCCUGCGUGGCUUUCUCACCCAAUAUGAAGUACAUCGUAUCCAUGGGCUACCAGCAUGACAUGGUCCUCAACGUUUGGGACUGGAAGAAAGACAGUGUGGUGGCUUCCAACAAGGUGUCAUGUAGAGUCAUCGCCCUGUCCUUCUCUGAGGACAGCAGCUAUUUUGUCACCGUUGGGAAUCGGCACGUGAGGUUUUGGUUCUUGGAAGUCUCCACUGAGGCAAAGGUGACUGGCACAGUGCCCCUGGUGGGGCGCUCAGGCAUCCUGGGCGAGCUGCACAACAACAUCUUCUGUGGUGUGGCCUGCGGCCGAGGCCGGAUGGCAGGCAAUACCUUCUGUGUGUCCUACUCUGGCCUCCUCUGCCAGUUCAAUGAGAAGAGGAUGCUGGAGAAGUGGAUCAACCUGAAGGUCUCCUUGUCUUCCUGCCUGUGUGUCAGUGAGGAGCUGAUCUUCUGUGGAUGCACAGAUGGGAUAGUCCGCAUCUUCCAGGCCCACAGCCUGCAGUACCUUGCCAACCUGCCCAAGCCACACUACCUGGGAGUCGACGUGGCACAGGGCCUGGACUCCAGCUUCCUCUUCCACAGAAAAGCAGAAGCAGUCUACCCAGAUACCGUGGCACUGACCUUUGACCCCGUCCACGAGUGGCUCUCAUGUGUCUAUAAGGACCACAGCAUCUAUAUUUGGGAUGUCAAGGACAUCAAUGACGUCAACAAAAUGUGGUCAGAGCUCUUCCAUAGUUCCUUCGUCUGGAAUGUGGAGGUGAGACCAUCUUUCCCUCCUUCCCUUUGUCCAGCUGUGUCUCCACUGGGGCUCAGCUCGUACUUCAGUGCUGGCCUGGAGCCGGGCUUGGGGCAGUGGGCAGGGUACAGUUGGCAGUGUGUGUCUCCCAGGGUCCACGAGCUGCACUUCAUGGACGAGCUGAUCAAGGUGGAGGCCCAUGAUGCUGAGGUGCUGAGCCUGGACUACUCCAAGCCUGAGACAGGAGUAGCUUUGCUGGCUUCAGCUAGUCGGGACCGGCUUAUCCAUGUGUUAAAUGUGGAGAAGAACUACAACCUGGAGCAGACCCUGGAUGACCACUCCUCCUCCAUCACAGCCAUUAAGUUUACUGGCACCAGGGAUGUCCAGAUGAUCAGCUGUGGGACCGACAAAAGCAUCUACUUUCGCAGUGCCCAGCAGACCUCGGAUGGGCUGCACUUUGUCCGUACCCACCAUGUAGCAGAGAAGACCACCUUGUAUGACAUGGAUAUUGACAUCACACAGAAGUAUGUGGCUGUGGCCUGCCAGGACCGCAAUGUGAGGGUCUACAACACAGUGAGUGGGAAACAGAAGAAAUGCUACAAGGGCUCCCAGGGAGAUGACGGGUCCCUGCUGAAGGUCCAUGUGGACCCCUCAGGCACCUUCCUGGCUACCAGCUGCUCUGAUAAAAGCAUCUCGGUGAUUGAUUUUUACUCGGGAGAGUGUGUUGCCAAGAUGUUCGGCCAUUCAGAAAUCGUCACGGGCAUGAAGUUCACCUAUGACUGCCGUCACUUGAUCACAGUGUCUGGAGACAGCUGCGUGUUCAUCUGGCACCUGGGCCCGGAGAUCACCAACUGCAUGAAGCAGCACCUGCUGGAGAUCAAUCGCCAGGAGCAGCAGCAGCCCAAGCUCCAGAAGUGGAGCGUUCCACCCAGCCAGGAGACAUAUGUAUCUACACUGAGCGAGAUCUGCUCCCUGAGCCCUGGAGAGCAGACAGAGGAUGAGACGGAGGAGGAGUGUGACCCGGAAGAGUCACUGAAAACACCAUCCAAGGAGAGCUUGGACCCAGAUCCUCAGUGCCUGCUGACCAAUGGCAAGCUGCCACUCUGGGCAAAGCGGCUGCUAGGGGAUGAUGAUGUGGCAGACAACUCUGCUCUCCGUGCCAGUGCCAAGCGCAGCUACCAGCCACAUGGCCGUUGGGCAGAGCGGGCUGAGCAGGAGCCCCUCAAGACCAUCCUGGACACCUGGGCCCUGGAUUCCUACUUUACACCUAUGAAGUCUGAGAAUUCAGAGGACUCGGUUCUGGAUUCAUUGGAGCCACAGAACCUGUCAGGCCUGCUGAGUGAGUCAGAGAGUCCCCAGGAGGACCGCCGAGGACAUCCCUCCUUCCUGCCUCUACAGAGGGAAUCCACUGAGACAAGAGAACUCAUCAUCUGCUCCCCAGAGGCAGAAGUGACAGUCACAGGGAUGCACAGUGAGUACUACGAGAAGGAGGCCGAAGCAUGACCUGAAGAGCCCCAAGGCGACUCCUAUCUCAGGGUCUCCUCCGUCAGCCCGAAGGAUCAGAGCCCACCUGAGGACUCUGGGGAGUCGGAGGCUGAAUUGGAGUGCAGCUUCACCGAUGCCCAUUUUUCAGCUUCACAGACUGACUCUGGUUCUCGCCUCACCAUGACAAUGCUCCAUGAACCAGAGCACCCAAGUAUAGAAGAGCUUUCCCAGCCUGAAGUGCCGGGCCUGGCCAGUGGCUCCUUACCCCAGACCCCUGAGCAGGAGAAGUUCCUCCGCCACCACUUUGAGACACUUACUGACAGCCCUACUGAAGAGCUCUUUCAUGGGUCAGUGGCAGACAGAAAGAUCUCAGAGACUGAUGACCAUUUCUUCAAUCCCCGGCUGAGUAUCUCCACCAAGUUUCUCUCACGCCUCCAGAAGACCUCCAGGCUCCCUCCUCGGCUGCCCCCGCACCUUAUGAAGUCUCCAGAGGUCAAGCCCACAGGCCAGGGGGGCAGCCAGCCCAGAGCAGGGUCCCUGAGAGCAGAUGCUGGCUACAUGUCUGCAGAUGGGACCAAUGUCCUCUCUGGGCCGAAGGCUGAGGAGACCCCAGAGGCCUCGUGUUUACCAAGCCUGGCGUCCUGUGUCCCUUCUCCUUCCGUACCACCCACAGACAGAAAGCCUCCAACACCCACAUCUGUACCUACCCCAGUCCUGGAUCAGAGUGUCUGUGCCCUCUCUACAUGUUCUUACCUGGAGACGACAACUAGCUCACAUGCCGAGAUACCACAUCGCAUCUCUCUUGGGGACAGUGAGGGCCCUGUGGCAGCUGAGCUAUCCAGGUCACUUCACAAACCCUUAUCCUUGGGAGAACUGGCUUCCUUGGACCAGGAACCCCAGACCGUCCCCACCACAGUGACACUCACUUCUAGCCUCGGAGGUCAAGAGCCUGCUGUGCCUUCCUGGGGCAACCAUGAGGCCCGAGCCAGCCUGAAACUGUCCUUAUCCAGUGUCUGUGGCCAGCUCCUCGCCUCACCCCCGCUGGAGCCACCCACCACAUGUGUGAGGUCUCAGGAACCUGUGGAUGUCCAGCCUGGCAUGGCAGUCACUGUAGCCAGCUUCCAAGCACCCAGCCCUGUAGAUGUGAGCACCCUGAGACUCCACAGCUCUUUGUUUCUCCCAAAGACCUCUGCCUCUGGGCCCCUCACCCCUCCUGGCCAUCCCAGCAACCUCCAACUUUUAGAGACCAGGUCUAGGCUGCCUGGUAACACCACUGCUCUCCUGGAGCCCACCCCCGGUACACCAAGUGGGAUCCCAGGCAGCCCUGGACACUGCGGGGAACCUGGUCUACCUGCUGAGGUCCUGCCCCCACCACUCCCUGAGCUGGGCACUGUAGGAUCCAUCUUGCACAGGCUGCAGACUGCCUUUCAAGAAGCCCUUGACCUUUACCGAAUGUUGGUCUCCAGCAAUCAGCUGGGUGCUGAGCAUCAGCAGGCACAGAGUGAGCUGGCCUCCACCUUCCACUGGAUCCACAGCCAGCUGGAAGCCAACAACUGGAUGGCUGCAGCUAACUCGGCUCCACCCCAAACACUGCCUAGCCCAGCUCUGCCGUCCCCACCUACACUAUGUCCCCUGACCAGCCCAAACCUGCAGGCCCUGCUGGAGCACUACUCUGAGCUGCUGGUGCAGGCUGUUAGGAGGAAGACAAGGGGUGACUGAUAACCUCAACCCCUCUACCAAAUCCCUGCUGCACUGGAGAAAUAGAUUUUUAUGCAAAUAAACUGACUACACUAAAUAAA